GUCCUUGGCGCCCUGAUCAAGCAAACCAACUCCACUGUCGACCCGCCAGCUGCCCACCUACAUACCUGCCUACUAAACCUCAUCCCACUUCCUGGAACUUUCCAUAGUCGACAACCACCAAAACCACAAAACCACCAAAACAUCGCACCAAACCUUACCACAUUUCCCCAUCUCCCUUCCCCCCUCCAAUCACGCUGAGCUGAGACCGCACAUACCUUCAACCCGAAACUUCUUGCCCAAGUUCGACCUCACCUUCUACUAGGAUUUUCGACCGACUCUGCUGUCUGGUUCCCUAGGCCAACGAGGCGCAAGCCUCUGACGCAAACCCCCGAGCGAACUGCUAUAAACAGUCACGAAACAAACCGCCAAAACGGCGUCCACCGGCCAACAACAGGUCCCCGCGACCGGCGCGGGCGCAGUUCCAGCGGCACCCACGUCGUCGAAUCAAACCUCGACAUCUCCGACAGCAACCUCUCCGCGCGGAAUGGCUGGCUUAACCCGUCCCAUCCUGCAGUCUAUGCCGGACACGCGUCAGCAGUCGUUCGAGGAGAUCUACGGGCCCCCGGAGAACUUUCUCGAGAUAGAGGUCCGCAGUCCGCGCACACACGGCACGUCGCGCAACAUGUACACGGACUACGAGAUCGUGUGCCGCACCAACAUCCCGGCCUUCAAGCUACGGCACUCUUCGGUGCGCCGGCGCUACAGCGACUUCGAGUACUUCCGCGACAUUCUCGAACGCGAGAGCGCCCGCGUCACUAUUCCCCCGCUUCCUGGCAAGGUCUUCACCAACCGCUUCUCCGACGAUGUCAUCGAGGGUCGUCGUGCUGGACUCGAGAAAUUCCUCAAGAUUGUUGUUGGCCACCCGCUACUUCAGACUGGCAGCAAGGUCUUGGCUGCGUUCGUGCAAGACCCUAACUGGGACCGCAACGCUUGGUGACUGCGACUUUUCGACUCGUGGACCACCAAUAACGGGCCGCAAAAUCCCGGUGGCCGUCGCAUACCCAGAAAGCUGCGGAAGAGACCGCCUAAACAACUCGUGGAGACUCAUUUGCAGGGGAUAGCAUCGAAGCGUAGUAGUUGGGAGACGGAGACGACAUUACGAUGAGAAUCGAAGGAACCGCUUAUAUUACUGGCCUGAGCUUUACAGAUACGAGGUUAAAGAAUGCGGUUUGAAGCCGUCCGGCAGAAAAGGAUGAUCAAACUACUAGUAGUCGAGAAGGACUUAUUUUCGUCGAUUUUACCUAUAUUAAUAUAAUUUCGGCUUUCUAUUCUUGUGGUGCUUCGUCUAAGCUUAAUUCAAGCAAUGGACGUUUUAGUUUGAAUUGCCACUAGAUCCGAGUAAUGACGUUGUUAUCCGGGGUAAAAUUCGAAGUAAACUUGGUGUAAUAGGGGAAUAUCGUAAUAAAAGUGCAACUACUCGAAUUAUAGAGAGCUAUGAG